CAAAUUUUAUGUAACUCUUUAUUCAACAAAAACUGGCGAAAUUCUAAAAGAUUAUGAAAAUUCUGAUGUAAAUGAAUUAUGGAAAUCAAUUGGAUUGAUUAUUCAAUAUGUUCUCUGUAAAGAACUUACAAUGUCAGUUUUAAAUUAUUUGCAUGAUAAAAAGUCAAGUUUGUUUGAACUUUACAAUUUACUAUAUAAAUUUAAAAUUAUUGAAAAGAAUGUUAUAAAUUUGAAUGAAAAUAAUUUUAUAAAAACAAGAGCUUGGAGGCGACUAUUAAAUGCAUCAGGAUGUAAAAAAAUAAUGAUUGACAACAAUAAGGAGUAUUGGUCCAAAGCCAAUGACACCACAGCUGACUUAGAAAUAUUACAGCUUUUUUCUGAAAUCAAUUCAGAACCAGAAAAGUUAGUAGAACUAAAAUCGGAAUUAAAUAAGAAUCAGGAACUAGAUUCACAAGUAAAAACCUUUUGGUCAUGUUUUGAAGAUUCAAUUAAUAAUAAAAUUAGAGGAAAUGAAGGUCAACAAAAGAUCUUAUCAAUAACUGCAGAAGAUUUUACAUAUGCAAAAUUAAAAGAACAGCUCAAU